AUGCCGCGGAAAUCUAACCUACACAAUCAGUAUAGUAAAAAUGCACGACGUAUGCGUGCUAAUAGAGCUCAUGAAUCGGAAGAACAAAUUGCAGCAAGAAACGCAGCUCAACAAAUCAAAACAGCAGAAAUUCGCAGACAAGAGUCUCGAGAACAGCGUGAUGAACGUCUACGACAAAAUAUAUUGAGAACAAGAUCGGCGCGAGAACGGCACAUAGCCACAUUUAGAGAACUUGACAGAGAGCGACAACAAACCAACCGUGCAUUAACACGUGCAUCAUUCGUUCGCCUUGCGUUCGAAUAUGCACCAGAUAUCAAUUACUCUGCACAUACUAAAAUUAUAAUUGGUGCAAUGGAUAAAAUAUGCCAAUAUUGUCAAGCGUUAAAAUUCCGCAAUGAAACGAUUGGUAUGUGUUGUGCAUCUGGAAAAGUUGUACUGGCACCUCUUCCUAUUCCACCGGAACCUUUAAAAUCAUUUCUUGCUGGCGAAUCAGACGAUUCGAAAUUAUUUUUACGUAAGACACGCAAAUUCAAUUCUUGCUUCCAAAUGACGUCCUUUGGCGCAACUAAAAUUUGCGACCUCACAUCUGAUGGAAAUAAUUUUGUAACUACGUUCAAAAUCCAAGGCCAAGUGUACCACAAGAUUGGGUCAUUAAUGCCAAUGCCUAAUGAUGAUCCAAAGUUUCUCCAAAUUUAUUUUAUGGGCAGUUGUGAGGAACGCGUAACAACUCGGUGCCUGCAUAAUUUAAUCGAACAAGCAGAAGAGAGAGCAAUUGUGGAAUCUUUGGAAAACUUUUUUGAAAAUUAUAAUCAACUUAUCCAAUUAUUUAAAAGAGUAUCGCCUCAAUUAAGAAAUGAUAAUUAUCAAAUUGUCAUCAAAGCCGACAAAGUACCUGCAGGAGAAUACGCUGGAAGGUUCAACGCGCCAACCGUAGAUGAAGUUGCUGUUAUUAUGUAUCCCCUAAUAUUCUGGCAAGGGCAGGAUGAAUAUCACAUCAACAUCAAACAGCGUGAUCCAAUCACUGGUAAUGAAAUCAAUAAAAAAGUUAGUUCAAUGAACCACUACGCGCAUCGAUUGAUGAUUAGAAUUAAUCAAGAUAAUUAUAUCCUUCGAUAUCGUCAACUAUUCCAUCAAUACGUUGUGAAUAUGUUUGCUAAGAUCGAAAGUGAACGUUUACGGUAUAUUAGAUAUAACCAGGCUAAAUUAAGAUCAGAAGAAUACAUCCAUUUACGAGAUGCUAUCACCGGAAACAUCGAUAAAAAUUUAAACGCCAAUGACAUCGGAACUGCAUGUAUUUUACCUUCAAGCUACAUCGGCAGUCCACGGAGCAUGCAGGAAAACCAUCAAAUCUCUUCGUGUUAG